CCGUCCAACACUACUUCGUCCUCUCGAUAUCGUCCUUCCCAACAAAACGCAUCUCCCUUGCGACAAACCUACGGCCAACACCAUAUCGCGAUCCAUCGAUCCAUAUAUCACUGUUACGAAGAGUCUAUACGUAGAAGAACAGCGCGAGGAACGCCGAACUCCUUGUCUAGGGACCUGCACCCCCCCCCAAAAGCACCUCGAGAUGGUGCCCACCGCUUUCGAUGACCGUUGCGAAGCGCUUCGGGACCCCGACUACUUCAACCUGUCCCUGUCCAUCUCCAUCCUCUUUGGCCUCCUGAUCUCCUACCUGCCCCAGCACUAUCGGAUCAUUUCUCGCCGCACGUCCGAGGGCAUCUCGCCUUGGUUCGUCCUCCUGGGCACCACCUCGGCCACGUCGGGUUUCGCCAACAUCCUCACCGUUCCGCCCUCGCGACAAGAUAUUGCCUGCUGUAGCCAAGUCGCGCCCGGCGAGUGUCUGGUCGGGCUGCUGGGCAUCGCGCAGCUUGGUGUUCAGUGGAUUUGUUUCGCCUUGAUCCUCGUUCUCUUCCUCGUUUUCUUCCGAUACGACGAUGCAUCUGUCUCCGAAGACGAGCUUGCCGGCACCCCUCCCGGAUGGCAUACGGCGGUGACGGUGGGCUUGGCCUGUUUGUUCCACGGCCUCAUAGUGAUCAUUUUGACCGGCGUCUUCGCCAUCGGCCUCCCUGCGCAGCUGACAGUCUGGGCCAAUUUCCUCGGCAUCAUGGCGGCUGCCCUCGCGGCCGUGCAGUACAUCCCGCAGAUUUGGACCACGUACCAUCUCGGUCACGUCGGCAGCCUGAGCAUUCCCAUGAUGUGCAUGCAGACCCCCGGCGGCUACCUGUUCGCCUUCAACCUGUACAGGCGACUGGGGGCCGAGGGCUGGAGCACCUGGGGCAUCUACCUCCUGACGGCCUCGAUGCAGGGCGUCCUGCUCGCGAUGGCCAUCUACUACGAGGUCACGAACCACACGGGCGAGGAUCUGUCGCAGCACUCGGAUGGAUAUCCCGACGAGCCGAGCCUCCCGAGCCGGCCCAACCCGAUCCGCACGUACUCCGAGGGCUGGCACGACGGUCUGCCGGGGCCGUACACGGCGCAUCCGGAACGGUACGCCGACACGGAGGAAGAGCUGGAGCGGCUGCGCGAGCGCGAAGAGCGACAGGUGCUUCGGGAGGAUAGACCCCUCCUACGACCCGGCGGAAUCGGCACGCCACACCGGAACCGGAGCUACCACACGUACGAUGACGAUGACUGAAUGGCGUUUUUUUCUUUUUUUGGUUUAUAUUUUAUAUUUGCUUUGUGCGUUUUUUUUCCCCCCGUGAGGGUCGAGCGCAGGACAUCACGGCCUCAUCGGUCUGACAUUGCGGCAGGUUUUUCUUUUCUCCCCGCCCCCUUUUCAUGGCGCUGGUGUCUUUUUCCUCGCCUCCGGUGCGAGUCAAUCAUGCCCGAAUUCUUUCCAUGGGUUUAAAAAAAUUGUUGCAGAGGG